AUGGCCCCCUCCAACCUCCCCCCGAUUUUCAACCCUACCCCCCAGGACAUUGAGAUGCUCCUGGCAGCUCAGUGCCACCUGGGAUCCAAGAACCUCCAGGUGCACAUGGAGCCUUACCUCUGGAAGACUCGCCCUGACGGUGUCAAUGUCCUGAACAUUGGCAAGACCUGGGAGAAGAUUGUCCUGGCUGCCCGUAUCAUCGCCGCCAUCGACAACCCCGCUGACAUCUGUGUCAUCUCCGCUCGUCCCUACGGUCAGCGUGCUGUCCUCAAGUUCGCUUCCCACACCGGUGCCACCGCCAUUGCUGGUCGUUUCACCCCCGGUAACUUCACCAACUACAUCACCCGCUCUUUCAAGGAGCCCCGCCUGAUCAUCGUUACCGACCCUCGCACCGACGCCCAGGCCAUCAAGGAGGCCAGCUACGUCAACAUCCCCGUCAUUGCUCUCUGCGACACUGACUCCCCUACCGACUUCGUUGACGUUGCCAUCCCCACCAACAACAAGGGUCGUCACGCCAUCGGUCUCGUCUGGUGGUUGUUGGCCCGUGAGGUCCUCCGUCUCCGUGGUACCCUCGCUUCCCGUGAGGUUGAGUGGGACACCGUUGUCGACUUGUACUUCUACCGUGACCCCGAGGCUGAGGAGAACAAGGAUAUCGCCGACGAGACCAAGGUCCCCGGUGCUGAGGAGAUCGGCGCUGGUGCCGUUGAGUCUGGCUUCGCUGGUGACAACUGGGACGUCCAGGGUGCUGGUGCCAACGCCCCCGGCACUGCUUUCGCCGCCGCUAGCGCCGUUGGUGCCGCCAGCUGGGAGGCUGACGGUGGUGACUGGGCUGCUGCCAGCGCUCCCGCUCCCGCCGGUGAGAGCUGGGCUGAGACCCAGCCCGCCGAGGGCAAGUGGUAG